UCCCAGACAAAAUGACCACAACGCAUAUUGAAGUGACUUUGGAACAAAUGCUGCAAAUGGCACUGGGAACCCCGAAAAUUUCCAGUAUUAAUCUAUCGAUUCUGCAUAGCCUCUUCGAUAUACUGCUGAAAAAACUCGACUGCCAAUACGAAAAGGUGGAAAUCGAUAGACGAGAUGGCGCUUGCUUGCAAUCCAUUCUGCGCAAGAGCAGGAUAUCACCACUGCCCUUUAAUGUAGAAAACGUCGGAUUGAUUUCGGAGAAGUUGAAAAAAUUACGGCAUUUGGAGGAACGCCAUGAUAAUCUGGCAAAGCAGCUGGAAGAGCAUAUUGAGCACAUACGUACUUGCAAUGAAAAACAUAAUCAAACAUAUGCAAAGAAGAAUUGGGAGCCAUUUUGUGGAGCUUGCGAGAGCUUUUGCGACAAACCUGAACCUCAGAGCGAAUUGCAUUGUCUGCUUUUAAGAGACUACAAUUUCAUUAAAAAGAGCAAGCAAAUCGUUGAAGAACCACUAAUAGGACCAAUUAUUGAUAUGAGAAAACGUUUAAAGACAUUGCAUGGCGAAGUGUUGGAUUAUAGCCGCCGCCUGGCGGAGAAGUGCGAGCGUUUGGCUUAUAUAGAGGUGCUGGUGAAAGAAAUCGAAAAGCUAAGCAAACUGAUUGUCAUUGAAAAACACCUCUUUACGGAAGCUAUGCAAGAGCUGCAGGAUAUGCUUGAUGCGAAGAUUUAUAAAGUUGUUCUACCAGAAUUGAAGAGGUACAUAAAUAUUGAGAUCGAAAAAAUUCAAAAUAUUUGCAAAACUUUGAAGAAAAAAUCCGCAUGCCUAAAGGCAACUGCCUUUGCGGGCCAAAGUAAUAGUUGUCUCUCGUGCAAAGGCAAGCUGACAUGCACACAACGACCUAUCCUGAUUGCGCCGGAAAGAAGUGUUAAAAUUGAGGAAAUCAAAAUGCGUAAAAUCGCACAAACUUGCAGUCGCUCAGGUCCAUGUCUUUCGAAAGAAAUGGAGAAGAAAUUACUGCAAGGGCUCGAGCGUAUCGAGGAGGCAACCGAAGAGGCUAAAGUUAGUAGAGAAAUGAGCAAAUCAUGUCACUUGGUCACCGAUCACUUUAACGUUUUCGAGGGUACUAAUGGCGUCUACUACCGCAAGGCUUAG